AUGAAAUCAGAGUAUUGUGAAGAACGUAGAAAUCUUGUAAUAGGAAUGCUUUUGGCGAAGCAACCAAAUAGUAGCAUAGCUUGCGCAACGCACAGAAAGAAAUUAUCAUCUGAAACUAUUGAAGCUAUGAGACACAGUGCAUUAAAUAGAGAAAAAUUUCAAUACUCUGAUGAAGCAUUAUUAAAUAGUAGCUUUAGCAUAGCUUGCGCUGCAAAGCAGCGCAGCACAAAAAAUUCUAAGCCUAUAAUUGUCAAGGAAUUAAAUGGUAUUGUAUAUGGAGAAUAUAAUAGUAUCACUGAAACAGCUGAAGCUUUAAAUUGUUCAGCUAAAACAGUAUAUAGGGCUUUAAAAAGUUCUAUUGCAUUAGUGUUAGCUCAUUUAAUUGCAGUUCACGAAUCUGCAGGUGCAAGUAAUCCUUUAGGUGUUCCAAGUUAUUACGAUAGAAUACCUUUUGCACCUUAUUACUUAUUCAAAGAUUUAAUAACAAUAUUUAUUUUCUUCUAUGUUUUAAGUAUAUUUGUGUUCUUUAUGCCUAAUGUUUUAGGAGAUAGUGAUAACUAUAUUCCAGCUAACCCUAUGCAAACACCAGCAGCUAUAGUGCCUGAAUGA